GGCUGCGAUAGCUUUGGGAUCCUUAAAUCCCGGGCGUGGGGCCGGAGCCUCCAUAAGACCGAAUGCAAAAGUGGGGAGGGGGUGUCCCUGGGGCCAGCUCCCCCAGAAGCCACCUCGCUGGAGGGCAGCCGUCGGGACGAUGGCGCAAGCCUCUCACCCCCCCCCCCCCAGCGACAACAGCCACGGUGACAAAAUGGCAGCUCGGCGCCCGACAGGCGAGCCACCGGCACAGCGCCGGGGACGGCUGCCCCUGCACCCCGAGAAUGGCAGGCACCCUGGGGCUGGGUCUCCCGCCGGCUUAGCAGUGCAAAUGGCGAGUACAGAUAGUGGCCCGCAGGUCCGAGAGGGUCGAGGGCCCCCGGCCCGCCGCGCCCUCUCCAGACCGGAUCCCCAGACCAGCGCCGCCGGGCUUCUGCAGCGCCUGUGCGCGCCCGGGUCCCCUCCAGUGGGCACCAGGGUCCCCGCCGAGCCGGGUCCGCGGCCUCCGUGGGGGAGGGGCGGGCCGCCGGCGCCCCGGGAAACAUGGCUGCUCGUCCUAGUUCGGCGGCGUCGCGGCCACCAGUCCCCGAGAUGCGACUUGGGAGAGAGAGAGGUUGCAGAAGGAGGCAGCCCAUCUUCUCCUCCCCUCGAUCAUCUUUUCCAUCCAGACGCGAGUCGUGGGAGCUGAGAGCUCGGACAAGGAGGAUCCUGCGCCAGCGGAAUUCAAUCAAUAAACCCCGAACCCACGGCCGCGCGUUUUAGGACUUUGAAGGCUCAACCAGCUUCGCUCGGUGCUCGAGCCCCCAGCACCCGCGGCGCACACUAACCUGAUCGCCGUGGAGGCGGGAUCUGCAGCUCCGGCGUGGAGCGGCGGCAGCACGAGCCAAUCGAGUGGCGAGGCUUCGGAUGCCAGCCAAUGGUGGUGGUGGCGGCGGGGGGCAGGGUCCAAUGGGCGGCCUGCGCAGCGGGCCAGGGAGGCUCAGCCAUUUGGCUGUGGUGCCGGAGACGGACCCUUUUAGAUACCCGGGUGUCCGAGGAGAAGCGCGGCUGCAGCUUGGUGGCUGCGCGCGGGGGGCGGGAGGGAAGGCAGGGCAGGUGCGUGGACCUGAAGGUUCGUGGCCGGGGGCGGGGCCGCAGGUGCGUGGACGCGGGAGGGGCGGGGUCCUUGCGGGGACAUCCUCUGGGUACUUGGCGGGCGGACGAGGCCUGGGGCGCGCGGGCUCAGGGCAGGCCCAGAGAGGGCGCGCAUUCUGGGGGCUCCCGAAGGACAGAUCACACCCCAGGCGCCCACUUGGCGCAUCCUUUCGGACUGGGUCUACUCCCAUUCCCGCAAUUAAAUAAGCAAAUCUAAGCGCAUGAUGUACCCAUCUACCGAGGAGCGAGGGCGGGAUCUCGACCCAGAGGCUUGGCAUUCUGAUGCCCUGCCAGGACAGUCUUAACAGAAGCGAUUCCCCGAGAGCCACCGGAGAUCUUGUGUAGGGCAAUAAAUGAAUGAAAAGGCCGCGGGUGCAGAACUGUAUAGAAUAUUUAAAAAUGCUAAAGGAAGGUGGUAGUAGCCGAUUCUCAGAGCCGAGCAUAAUUUACGGGCUUUAUAGGUUUUGUUGAGAGAGUGUUGCUCAUUUCAAUCCAAUUGUCCACUAAAGUCGUUUGGUUAGAUCUGAGUUGCCAAGGAGUCGCUAACUGGAGCACUUAUCCAGGUCUUUCGGUUGCUUUGGGUUUUGUUUUUGUUUUUAAAGAGACCUUAAAAGCCUUGGUUCUCACUGGGUUACCGCUUCUUAUGGGCAACCCUGGGACCUGAUGCACUGCGUGGAUAUCUGUGGCUGUGGACAAAUGACGGGGAUGACUGUCAACAGGGACCCAUGUUUACCUUCAUCCACACAACUGUAUCACAGUGUCCGUUUCCCUUCGUCUGCACUCUUCCGCAAACAGCCCAAGGUAGUUUUGUAUUUUUGGAUACACUGGAACUGAGCAUUUUGUUCAGUAAGUUCUUUUAGAUCAAAUAAUGAAUUUGAAGGCCAAUAAAUGUUUAUUUUGAGUAACUGGAAGUACAAUUAAAAACCUGU